AUGAACUUCAACAGUCCCUAUGGCGAUUCGAGUGCACCAGGACAAAAUUCAAGAGGUCGUGGGCAAUUCCGACAGCCGCAAGGAAAUUGGCGGGGAAAUCAAGGAAAUUGGCGCGGAAACUCUCAGAAUUAUCGCGGGGGAAAUCAUCAAAAUCAGCGAGGCUCAUGGAGCAAACCGGUGGAUUCCUCAAAAACACCCGCCAAUGCCUACGUGAUGCCACAAAUGUCUGAAAAUCCGUGGCUGAAAUUGGAGGAGCAACACAAACGCGAUUUCGAAUAG